AUGGCAGCAGCCGCUGCAGCCCCGAACGGGGACGCGCCGGCCAACACCACGGCUGCCGCCCAGCUCGACAGCAUCAGCCCUCCGCCCGGCGUCAUCAUCCCGCCCCCGGGCGAGAUCCGCGAGGUCAUCGAGAAGACGGCCGGCUACGUCGUCCGCGGCGGCGUGGGCAUCGAGGAGCGCCUGCGCGAGAACCACGGCAACAACCCCAAGUUCAGCUUCGUCACCAGCAAGGACGACGCCUACAACCCGUACUACGAAUGGCGGAAAGAAGAGUACAAGGCCGGCCGCGGGACCUCGGUCGCGGCGGGCCGCGCGGGAGAGGCGGCGCCCGCCGCCGCGCCCAAGCAGGACGAGCCCAAGGGCCCGCCGAAACCGCCAGAGUUCCAGUUCUCGGCGAGGAUGCCGCGCAUGAACCAGAAGGACCUCGAGAUCGUGCGGCUGACGGCGCUGUUCGCGGCGCGCAACGGCCGGCAGUUCAUGACGACGCUGGCGCAGCGCGAGGCCGGCAACCCCCAGUUCCAAUUCCUCAUCCCGAACCACACCUUCCACAUCUUCUUCCAGCACAUGGUCGACCAGUACACGAUACUGCUGAAAGAGGGCGGCGCGGCCGGCGAGGGCACCAAGGCCCAGCAGGCGCGCAUGGGGGAGCUGCAGCGCAACGUGGACGACAAGUACCACGUGCUGGCGCGCGCCAAGACGCGGGCCGAGUACGCGCGGUGGCAGGAGGCCGAGAAGAAGAAGAAGGAGGAAGAGGAGGAGCAGCAGAAGGAGGAGUUUGCGCGCAUCGACUGGAACGACUUUGUCAUCGUCGAGACCAUCGUCUUCGGCGAGGCCGACGACCAGGCCAACCUGCCUCCCCCGACGACCCUCAACGACAUCCAGUACGCCUCGCUCGAGGAGAGGAACAAGGUCUCGGUCGGCGCCAACCUGCGCAUCGAGGAGGCCUUCCCCUUUGACGAGACGAAUUACAACGCCUACCCGCCACAGCAGCAGCAGCAGCAGCAGCAGCAGCAGCAGCAGCAGCAGCAGCAACCCCAGCAGCCCGCCGUCGCCUCGCCGCAGCACCAGCAAAACGCCGCGCCCCCGGCUCCGGCCCAGGACCCGGAGGAGCUGCGCAGGAUACAGGAGCGCGAGCAGGCGCGCGCGCGCAUGCACCAGGCCCAGGCCGAGGCCCGGGGCGGCGUCGGCCCCAUCAAGAUCAAGGAGAACUACGUGCCGCGCGCGGCCCAGCGCGCGGCCGCCAACCGCACCGCCGUCACGAUGGCCCUGUGCCCCAACUGCAAGCAAAAGAUCCCCAUGGACGAGCUCGAGGAGCACAUGCGGAUCGAGCUCCUGGACCCCAAGUGGAAGGAGCAAAAGGCCAAGGCCGACUCGCGCUACUCGACGACCAACCUGUCGACCGUCGACGUGGCGGGCAACCUCAAGCGCCUCGCCAGCCAGCGCACCGACGUCUUCGACGAGAUCUCGGGCCAGCCCGUCUCGGAGGAGGAGCAGGCGCGGCGCAAGCGCGCCGCCAUCAACAGCUUCGACGGCAACCCCGAGGGCAAGAACCCGGCGCACCUGCAGCACGUCAACGUCGAGGAGCAGAUCCGCGCCAUCCACCAGAAGUUUGCCGGCGACAAGAAGUGA